AUGGCUCCGGCAGGUCCCAGUUAUAACCGAGACGAAAAAGUCCUCUGUUUCCACCAUGAAGUCCUUUACGAAGCCAAGAUUAUGGAUUUGAGACAUGUCGAUCCAGAUGACCGAAAGAGUCCUUAUGAAUAUCUAGUUCAUUACAAAGGCUGGAAAAACACCUGGGAUGAUUGGGUUCCCUUAGAGCGCCUCCGUAAGUUCACAGAGGAAAACCGGGAACUGGCGUCUCAGAUUCGGAGAGAAAUGACUGCUCAGAUGUGGGCAAAACCCAACCUCGCCAGCAAGACAGGCAAGAAGAGAGGUGGCUCAGACUCUGGACGGGGAAGCGAAGAAAGGCAAUCAUCUGUUCCUGCCAAGGGUACAAAGCGAGGUCGCGAUAAUGAAAUUGAAAAGGAGGAUCAAUUCCAUUUGCGGCCAUCGAUCCGCAUCAUGCUUCCCGAUAAUCUGAAAGCAUUGCUUGUCGAUGAUUGGGAAAAUGUGACUAAAAACCAGCAAGUUGUUGCAUUGCCAGCACCUCACUCUGUUAAUGCGAUUCUUCAGUCAUACUCUGAUGAGGAGACCCCAAAGCGCACAACGACAGCCGAGUUGGAUGUUCUCGAGGAAGUUAUCAUGGGGAUCAAAGAGUACUUUGACAAGUCAUUGGACAAGAUCCUGCUCUAUAAGUUUGAAAGGGAGCAAUACCGAUUGCUGCGUCAGAAAUGGGAAAGUGGUGCAGAAAAUUAUACCGACAAGGGUCCUCUUGAUAUCUAUGGAGCUCACCAUCUAGUUCGGUUAUUUGCUGUUCUUCCUGAACUUAUUGCGCAGACAAACAUGGACCAACAAUCUAUCAGCCGUCUGCGCGAAGAAUUAAGCAAGUUCACAAUCUGGCUGAGCCGCAACUCUGAAAAAUUCUUUGCAAACAAAUAUAUCAGUGCUAGUACAGAAUACUUGGAAAAGGCUACGGGCGUGCCUAUUCCAAACCCAGGCACCGCAACAUCACGACUUGUGUGA